UAGUGUAUAAUAAUGUUAAAAGGCCCCCACUACAGCAACACAGCUAAACGCACAGAGCUGACUCUCCAAACUUCUGCUAAAUAAACACAUAGUCUUCAUUUAGGUCCUACUGGGAGUACAGGAGAACUGUAAGAGUUAACUCAACACUGGGGAUUUUGCUGCGGAGGGGAAGAGUUCCCAGUACCAGCGAAGGGCGGAUUUGACUGAAAGAAUUUUUACUCCGAAACGACCUGAGGCUGAGAGGCAUGUGAUCUGAAGAAGCUGAUGGGGGGCGUGGGAAAUACUUGUGAAGAAAAAGGACCUGAGAGGAUUAACCCCAAAUUCUCACUGAACCGUCAGAAGCAGGAGAAGCUCUUCUCUCUGCUGAGAUGCGGCUGCUGGCUCUAAUCACUCUUGUCGUCCAGUUGCUGAAACCAUCAUAUCAGCAGUUUCCCCGACAAUGCGUCACCAGAGAGGUCCUCACUUCCAAGGAAUGCUGUCCCGUUUGGGAAGGGGAUGGCUCAGCCUGUGGAGCCCGAUCGGGCCGGGGAGCGUGCCAAGAUGUGGUCGUGUCCGAGGAGCCUAACGGCCCCCAAUUCCCAUUUGAAGGCAUAGACGACAGAGAGAGGUGGCCACUGGUGUUCUACAACCGCACCUGCCGCUGCCUCCAAAACUACAUGGGCUACAACUGUGGAGAGUGCAGCUUUGGCUACUUCGGACCAAACUGUAGAGAAAGGCGCGAAUUGAUUCGGAGAAGCGUUUUCCAGCUGUCGACCACAGAAAAGCAGAAGUUUAUUGCUUACCUGAAUCUCGCCAAGAACACAGUCAGCCAAGAUUAUGUGAUUGCGAUCGGCACCUACAGCGAAAUGAACAACGGCACCAACCCUCUGUUCAGGAAUGUGUCCGUCUAUGAUCUGUUCGUUUGGAUGCACUACUAUGUUUCUCGACACGCUAUGCUAGGUGGCACCAAUAAUAUAUGGAUGGGGGUGGACUUUGGGCACUGGGCGCCGGCCUUCUUGCCAUGGCACAGGGUGUUCUUGCUGCGCUGGGAACAUGAGAUAAGGAAGUUGACGGGAGACUUCGGUUUCACUGUUCCGUACUGGGACUGGAGAGAUGCGCAGGAAUGCCAAGUAUGCACCGACGAUCUCGUGGGGAGCCAGAGCCGUCUCGACCCCAACCUCAUCAGUCCAUCAUCUGUGUUCUCCUCCUGGAAGGUGAUUUGCUCCAGAGCACCAGAGUACAGCUUAAGGGGUGUAUUGUGUGAUGGAAGAGAGGAAGGACCCUUAUUGCGCAACCCUGGUAACCAUGACCGGAACUUGGCGGAUGGACUGCCCACGUCCGCUGAAGUGGACUUUACUCUCAGCCUGUCCCAGUACGACACUGGACCAAUGGACCGUACGGCCAACAUGAGCUUCAGGAACACACUGGAAGGAUUUGGAAAUCCUCGGACGGGCCUGGGGAACAGUCCUAAGCUGGGUAUGCAUGCAGCGCUGCACGUCUUCAUGAACGGCUCCAUGUCUUCAGUACAGGGUUCAGCCAAUGACCCAAUUUUCAUACUGCACCAUGCAUUCGUGGAUAGCAUCUAUGAACAGUGGUUGAGGAGACACCAGCCAGAAAGGUCUCACUACCCACAAGCCAAUGCUCCGAUUGGACACAACAGUGAAUACUACAUGGCUCCCUUCCUCCCUCUAUACCGGAACAUAGAUUACUUCAUGUCCAGCAAAGAGAUGGGCUAUGAGUACUCGUACCUGCGAGAUCCUGGUCAGCGGUUUGUCGAUGAUGUGGCUUCGUAUCUGGAGGAGGCGAGGGGGCUGUGGCCGUGGCUUCUGGGGGCAGCUGUCUUGGGGGCCCUUUGCGCUGUAGCCGUGGCUGUGUUUGUAGCUAAAGUCUCCAGGUCCGUGUGGCGGCGCAGGAGCAGGCGACAGGGCUCCGAGAAGCAGCCCCUCAUUAUCAGCACCGACACAGAGGGCUCCUCGUCCUCUUACAGAACCAUGAGGCCAUGAGGGAUGUGGGCACUAGGGAGGGACAGCAUACUUAAAAUUAUGUAAUCAUCAGUUUGACAGCUAGGGGGCGACAAAAUACAUGAAAAUGAUGUAAUAAGCUAUGUGGGCACUAGAUGGCGACAGCAUCUAUACAGGGUUACAUACAGGGCCUGUGCUUCCACGCUGCAGUGCUGGAGAUUGUCUUUGUACUUGAGCCAUAUUUGCUAAUAAUUAAGUCCCUCUUGAGCUGAAUUAUAAAGAAAACUGUGCAACAAAGUGAACUACAAGACUGGAGUUGGGGAAGGAGGAUAAUGGGUCCUGAGCUUGCUCUCAAGGCACGGAUUAAUUGGAGAAUUCCACUAAUUUUUCAAAAUUUCUACAUAUUUAAAUGGUUAUGAUGUAAACAAAGUCAUUCAGAAUUGUUUGGUGUAAAAUGCUCCAUUCUGGAUAAACUGUCCCAGUCAGAAUCGUCCACAGUGGUGGUGAUAGGAACCAGACGUCUGAAGAAUUUAAAGCCCCCCUCACAGAAUGUUAUUACAUGAAAUGGUUUGCCUGACACUGUCUAAGACAUCAUUUGUUAUAUUUUUUUGGAUCUUACGAUUAAUUUGGAAUUUUUCAAAAAGCCAUAAUUGUCAGGAGGCAUUGGCAGGGUGUCAUAAAGAUAAAUCAUUCUAAAAGAAACCUUAUUUUUUAAAAAUGUAUUACUAUUUUACCAUCAUCAUUACAUAUAAAAAGCCAGAAGACGUGUGGGUUCAGUAGUAGUUUUGUAUCGUACACCCCUGGUUCCUAUGACCACCACUGUAAAGGAAUCAGAGUUGCUAAGUUUCUUUACAAUUUCACAUCAAACCACUCUGAAUGACUUACAUCUCAAACACUAAAUUACAUAGAACUUUGGUGGAAUUUCCCUUUAAUCCUCACCUUGGACUAAUUUUUAAUGUCAGUUGAUACAGUUACAAUCAAUACAUUAUUACAUUAUUAUACUUUAUUACAUCAUUACAUCAGCCUUAGUUUAGGCUUAACCUCAAUCUGGGUCUCACAAGCCCACAAAAG